CGGCUCUUUGAGAAUCAUCAUCAUCUUUUUUCAUCUUGAUUCUUAAAUCAUUUGCCCUUAAAGUGUAACGUUUUCUUUUUAUUUCACCUUCCUGUUAAUCUGUUAAUCAUCUAACUGUUGUAAAUCGAAAAAGCUUAUUGACAAUUAUCUUGAUUGAACAGAAUUAAUCUCUUCUUCUAUUUUCACCUCUUUCUAAAUUCAACUUCUAAAUUGUGUCUAUUUUUUUAUUCUCUCUGUCUCUUAACACCCAAUAGAAAAAUCAUCCCUCAUCACCAUCACAAUGACAGAAAUUCAAGGAUCUUACCAGUGUGUCAAUGUAUAUGCAACAUCGUGCACCACUGAAAAUCUUAGUCGUCAUGAAAUGCUGGGUUGGGUCAAUGACAGCCUUCAAUCCAGCUAUAAAAAGAUUGAAGAACUUUGCUCUGGAGCUGCAUAUGCACAGUUUAUGGAUCUCUUGUUCCCUGGAACAAUUGCCCUGAAAAAGAUUAAAUUCCGAACCCUUUUGGAACAUGAAUAUAUCCAAAAUUUUAAACUUGUCCAAGCGGCUUUCAAAAAAGUCGGAUGUGACAAGCAGGAAAUUCCGAUCAAUCGUUUGGUUAAAGGUCGAUUCCAAGAUAACUUUGAAUUCUUACAAUGGUUUAAAAAAUUUUUCGAUGCCAAUUAUGAUGGCCGAGAAUAUUCACCAUUAGAAGCUCGAGGUGGUAUUCCCAUUGGUUCGGGUGUUUCAGCCGGUGGUAAUUUACAAUCUUCUAAUAGUAGCUUUACAAUGCCCAGUCGAAUGCCUCUUCAGCCUCGAGCAAGUGCAACCACCGCUGUUGCCGCAGCUAGUAAACCUGUAAGCCGAACAGGACCAGUCCAAUCAAGACCAACACCUACUCGUAAUCCUGGUGCUCGACCAGCACUGGUUCGAGGGGCUCAUAACAAUGACCAUAAUAAUGAUAUUGAUCCUCGAUUGGAAGAGGUUGAAGGACAAAUGAGUAACCUUAAAUUAACUAUUGAUAGUUUGGAAAGAGAGAGAGACUUUUAUUAUGGUAAAUUACGUGAUAUUGAAGUUCUUUGCCAAGGAACCACGGAGAAUGAGGAUGAAGAAAAAUCCGUUCUAAUUGAAAAGAUCUUGAAUAUUCUAUAUGCCACCGAGGAGGGAUUCGCGGUUCCCGAAGAAGGUGCCGAAGAGCCUCGAACUGCAGCUGAAGGUGCUCUAGAUGAAUAUUAAUUAACUGCAAUCAAACAUACAAUUUAAAUUACACAAACACAAAAAAAAGAUCCCAACGAUAGUCUCACAAAACAAAAAAGGUGAACAAUCAAGUUUAAAGAAAACACGAUUAAUUACUGAUUCUCUUUUACUUUUUCAGUCAACAAUUUGACAAAAUUUCUCUCUCCAUUCCCGUUAUCCCUCCUUUCUCUCUGAAUAAGUAAUUAACUUUCUCUAUCUCUCUCUUACAUUAUCAUCGGAAUUAAGCAAAUGAAAAUGUUAUCAAGCAUCAAUGGCAAUUAAUUUUACGUCAUUAAAUUUACUCAUCCUAACAAUAUAUACAAUUGAUUCUAUUAAAGAAAAACAAACAAUCUAAA